AUGUGGUCGCUGCUUCGCUCCAGCCCUGUCGUUGCCUCCUUCACAAUCAUAGCGCCAGCCGCAAAGGGUCAGUCCCGAUACACCGUCUGUAGCAUUGCGCGAGGCGCUGUUGCUAUUUGUGUUUGUCUCCGCUACUACCACCGCUACUCCAACGGGCAGCGAAGUGUCACCUCUGUGCCUGCAGCCAAUGGUAACGGUCGUUGGAAUCAUGGCCGCGCUCGUUCGUCGUCCGCGCUUCCGCCGCAGCAUCAAUCGAAGGAGCAGGAUGGGCAGCUGCAGCCGUACUGCAGUCAGCAGCGGCGAGGUGAGUCGCUUGCGGCAGCCAAGGAGCCCUCCGCCGGACUGGCCAACACCUGCCCUACCUUCUGGUCACAGCCCGUGCAGCAUGUGGCGGCGGCUACACUAAAGCGGCACCACACAUUCGAGCGCGCACGGGACAGGAAGUCGCGGCCUCUCGUCCGCCGCAACAUCCGCGCGGAGGGCGUCGUCUCCAACCUCUUCCCGCUCCACUUACAUUGCACUGAUGCGUCGGGCCCAGACCGUCCCCGCGGCGCGCCAGCGACGCGCACGCACAUUUACAUCUAUGAGGUGUACGUGACGCGGCUGACGGCACCACAGCGAGGAGGCAGCGCUGCGAGCGGCUCCUCUGCGGUAGCGGCGGCGAGUGGCGGCGUGCAAGCGAGUGGACUGGCGCCGGGGGAGAGGCGCGUUCCACCUGGACAGGCGUGGCGUGCGGUGGAGCGGUUCCUGCGCCACCGGUACGCCAGGGCAGCCGCAGCGCUACUGCCACCCCUGGUGCAGGUGGGGAGCAAGGUGUACGCAGCGGCCCCUCUCCCAGCCGACACACUGGUGCUACCGAACACAUACUUUGAUAUUGGCUGGAAGACAGCAGUGCUACGCCUGCAGCGCAGGUGCCGCUUCACUGAACUGCCACCAAGCGAGUUGCAGAUGCUGCUGAAUAAGAUCGUUCCCGAGGUGGCACGCGCAGCUCAGCAGGAGCAACGGCGGAAAAUGGGCACCCCAACAGACUUCAUUGAGGUGGUGCAAGGGAAGACUGGCAAGCUAGCGUGCACGACGCAGGGCGUGUCAGCUGGUGGGUUGCGGAUGUAUCGGGGUGUGCUGGUACAGGCCGUCUUUGUGGACAACUCGGCUGCGCUCGACACUAACACAGCAGAGACGAGGGAGGAUCAGGUGGUGGGAGAAACACGCACUUCCAGUCCAAUGUCAACCACAGCAGGCUCUGUUAGCGGCACCAAACCCCCUAUUGACUCAAGCCCCUGCCCCAUCGCCACUCGCCACCUCGGCGACACCCCGGUGGGCCUCACCGACGCCGCAGCGGCAGUGCAUUUCCAAGUGGUCACUUUCCUCCGCGCUUUCACCUACCACGGAACUUCUGCCGAGAGCUACCGAAUCCGCGACGCCUCAGGCGUGUACUUGGCCUCGCUCUGGGCCCCCACACAGCCACGCUCACUGGCAGUUGGCGCGGUCUACGCGGCUGCUCCUGUGCGCAUUCGCGAGUUUGCUGAACGCGGCAGUGCCCGGCUCAUCGAGUUCCUCAGCGAUACCACUCUCACCCUCAUCUCUGCCAGCACCAUCACCGCGCCAACCAGCCUCGGCAGUGGCAGCGGCGCCACACCGGAGGCGAGUCGUCUUCCUGGUCAGCCGUGCCUGAAGAUCGACACGAAGGGCACGGUAGCGUCUGAGGUGUCGCUUUGGGAAGAAGUGCUUCAGCACUUCGGCCACGGGCUGUACGAUGAGGCGGCCCAGCAGCGCAUUCGCAAGUCCGUCCAAGGCAUUCCUGUCGUCAUCUCGUACUCACUGCGCCAGAGCAUUGUGCGUGACGUCCGCUUCGACAGUGACGUGUUGCUGGGUGCUGCUGCGGCCGAUACGCGUUUCCUCGCCGCUGAGAACGGUAAGGGGCGAUCGGAAGGCGCGCCCUUCCCCUCCCCCGCCUCCCCCAAGGACGACGACGCCGCGGCAGGGGGUCAGGCGAGUGAGCACUUGAGUACGCCGAUGCUGUGCGUACGCGAACCGCGCCUUCUGCCGCUGAUGCCUUACCUUGACUCGCAGCAACCGUGCGCCGUUCUCACGGAUCACACGAUUGUGCCACUACAGGUGUUGCACUGCUGCUUCGAUCCUCGCAUGCGUGGGUGGCAGGAAACUGGCGUUUCCGUGCUGUCCCUCUUGCCACAGCAGCGCGUGGAGAUGCUGAACUCGAUUCACACGCUCCUCGCGGCCGGCCUGCAGCGGUGGGGCAUUGGCCUGGCGGCCAGCCCCUAUCGAACCAAGGCGCUCUCUCUUCUGCCCGCCCCCAUGAAGUGCGUCGUGCCGCAGAGGAAACCGGCCGCCGGCCUCGCAAAGACAACUGCCGCCACGUUUCCCACCACGAUUGCUGUCAUUGGCGUCACUGGACCGCGAUGCACGGCGGAGCAGUCGCGGCGUAUCAGACUCACAGCUCAGCACUUGGCGCAGUACUUCCGCACAGGAUUUGUGUCAACCGUCGCGGACGAAAGCGCUGCCGUCCAGUAUGUGCACGAGCAGCUCAUGCACACGCUGGCUGCCACUGCUGGCCCACCCAGCCAACCAACCGCCCCCUUAAAGGACCCGGACACCUCGGUGAUUCUCGUCACCAAUGAGAUGGGCACACGGGCGACGCGGUGGCUCAAAGUGGAGUGCAUGUGCCGUGGGGUACACUUUAUUGCCAUUCCCGCGUCGUCGAACCCGAAGCGACUCAACCUCGUCGGCGCACAGCUGCGGCAGCGUAUAGCGACUCAGUUCGAACUGAACCCGCUACGCGGCAUUGACCUGCGCGGGGAGCUGCCAGUGCUGGGCCGCCGACACGUGUUGAUUCUUGGGGUAGACUCGUGCCACACGAACACGCACAGCGUUGGCGCAAUCGUCGGCAUCCUCAGCACCCCGGCCGGCAACAGCCUGUUGUCUUUCUUUUGGCGGCACGACGCACGUGGGCGCGAGGCGCAGCACGUCGCGAAACACUUCCGCGGUAUUCUGGCGAACGCCGUGGCGCUUUCUGGCAGGGUGGACGAGGUGGUGGUCUUCCAAGAUGGCGACGUCUUCAGCGAGCUGGUCGGACUGAAGGAGGUGCUCACGACGCAGGUGCCCACGUGCGGCCUUACCUUCAUGUGUCUACACAAGCGCUGCAAUGUACGCUUCAUGCACGCCUCACCAGGGCAAGACGGCAGCAUUGCGACGCAGAGACACGCCUCUGCGGUUGCAGGGAAAAGCGGUGACUGCGAGGAAGCGGAGGGCUUCAGUGGGGACAACGUCUUUCACAACAUCGUGAAGGGAGUCGUUAUUCCCGCUCUGACGACAGUGCCGCUGGAUCACCAGCCCGCCGCCAACUCCUUUUACCUACAAACGCACGAGUCGUGUAUGUCAACGACACGUAUAGUGCAGUACACCGUCCACCACGUGAGCCCCUCCCUCGACGUAGCAGAUGUGCAGCAUAUCGCCAAUAUCAUGGCGAACGUGCUGGCGCCGCAGGCAACAAAGCUGCCCAUGGCCGCCCGAUGUGCACACCGGCUGGCUGAUCAAGCGGAGCGCCUGCUCGAUGCAGUCCCGCAGCUCACAGCAGACAUGAUUCCGCGGCCACUGUGCAACCGCCUGUGGUUCCUCUAG